CAAUCUCAGAUUAUAUCGAGAAUUCCGAAUCCCAGAGUAACGUUUGUCGUGAUAAAGCGAGAUGUCAUCGUUCCGCGCCGAGGCCCGCGACCGCUUCGGCCCGUCGCUCGAAGACGCCCACGUCAACAAACGACGACGACAACAUUCCCGCUCUCGAAAUUCAAGAGAUUUAAGGGAUUCAAGAGAACCAAGAGACCCAAGAGAUAUUCGAGAAGAGAGCCCCAGAUAUCCAGUCCCCGUCUAUACAUCACCCAGGCAGAGCGUUCUCCAGUCUCCGCCACGGUCCAGCUUUACUCCCCCUCAGUCCUUCUCUCCGUCCUCCAACGGCUCUUUCCAACAACCUUCUGUUCCACCACCACCACCAGACUCACUAUGGCAUCGACCUUUAAGCCCAACCCCGCGAAAGCUGGGCGAUACGUCUUUCAGAUAUGUAGAAUUAGACACAGCGCAGCAUGAAAUUCGGCUUUUGCGUAUCCUUCCGGAAACGAGCUCGAUCAUUCAAUGCGAAUUACUACACACCUCGUUGGAAAAUCCGCGGAGCUACAUUGCUAUAUCAUAUGCGUGGGGCGAUGUUGAGGAAACGCGGGCCAUCAUACUCGAUGGACACGAAUUUCCGGUCACCGAAAGCCUUUGGCUUGCUCUGCAGAGACUGAGGAGCCGGUCAUUUCCUGUCAUUGUAUGGGCCGACGCCGUCUGCAUCAACCAACAAAAUACCAUUGAGCGUAACUUUCAGAUCCAGGAAAUGGCCGCCAUAUACAGUAAAGCAUACAGUGUGGCGAUUUGGCUUGGGCCAGAAGCUGAUAAUAGCCACAAGGCCAUCCAAUUUAUGCACGAAUUGCUCGAAGCCGAGAUAAAGGAAGAAGGUAGGGGUUGGAUAACUAGAGAUAUCAUUACAUCGAGGAGACGGAGACCUGAUCUACAAUCUUUGGUUUGUCUGUUUCAUAGAGACUAUUGGAAGAGAUUGUGGGUGGUGCAGGAAGUUACCAAUGCCAGAGAUGCCACUGUAUAUUGUGGUUCUUCUGCCAUUCCUUGGGCCACUUACGAAGCUGCCUCACGUCUAUUUCUGAAAUAUGCAGCCGAAUUGGAUACGGCUCAGCUUGAAGCCUCUGUUGAGGGAAUUCCGCCCCCGUCGAUACCUGUAAGAAGAUCUUCGCGUUGGUCCACGGCCCUUUCUAUCCAUGGUCCUGGGCGUCUCAGAGAUCAGAUUGCGUUGAGCAGCAGCGCAGCUGGUUUACUCCCAGCUUUGCUCUUCCACAGGGAUAGGAGCUGUGCCGAUCCUCGAGAUAAAGUCUAUGGAAUUUUGGGUUUACUUUCACCAUAUGAACGCUCCGAAAUUCUGGUAGACUACAAUAUUCCAAUCAGCCAGGUGUACAUCAAUGUGGUCGAUUAUCUAUUGUCGACUACUCGACGGUUAGACGUUAUCCGCGCAAGCAUCCAUCUUUUAGAUCAUGAAGCCGCGGUCAAGCUGCCUUCAUGGGUGCCAGAUUGGUCUUAUAACCCUAAUGUCAGACCGAUGGUUAAUAAAGAACGGCCUUUCUGUGCCUCGGGCAAAACAGACGUCAAGUUUGCAUUCUCUGGUCGACGGAAACAACUUGAAAUCUCCGCCAUAUUUAUCGACACGAUAGGCUCUACCGGUAUCGAUCUUUCCUCGCAAAUUGGCGUAGACAAUGCCGUCACGGCAUUUUUUGCAUGGCGAUUAAGUGUCAUCCAGAACAGCGGGUACGAUAUUGCCGCACAUGAGGCAUUCUGCAGAACCCUCUGCCUGGGCCAGUCUGACGACAGGUGGACAUCACGAGAAUGGAUGGGAAUGAUCUAUCAUACGUUUGCAAGUCUGCUUCAAGAACGACUUCCAGCCUUGCCGCUGGAUCCUCAGUUACAAUACUACGCCGCUAACCCUUUUCCAAUGUCAGCUGAACAACGCGAGGACAUUUUUUAUAGUCGCGUUAUGGACUCGAUGGCUGCAAGGCGAUUCUCCAUCGGUUGCACUGGAUUGCUGUGUCUUGGUUCUAGCUUCGGGAGAAAGGAUGACAUUAUCGUUAUUCCUUUGGGUUGCUCGACUCCUAUUAUGCUUCGGAGGCAGGGUCAGGACUACAUUUAUGUCGGAGAUAUCUAUGUUGAUGGGUACAUGUACGGCAGGGCAAUCGAUGAGCUGAAUAAUGGUAUGCGGCAGUUACAAACAUUUACACUCAAUUAAAAGCAAAUUAGGUGUCAGGAGAUUUGAUGUGUUUCUGGAUGAUGCGAGAGGCUUUACUAAGGUUUGGCUCGACUCAAGACCCCCAGACUAUGCACCAUACCCUGCCCUGUCCCUUUCAUGUCU